GCUUUCAUUGACCCCAGCCUCUCAUGGAAAGAUAUCCCAUGGUUCAGGAGUAUCACCAACAUGGCGAUCAUCUUGAAGGGUGUCGCAACGCCAGAGGAUGCCCUGAUGGCCUACGAUAUUGGUUGCCAGGGUAUCGUCCUCAGUAAUCACGGUGGUCGUCAACUCGAUACUUGUCGAUCAGGCCUAGAGAAUUUACCAGAAAUCAUUGACGCUCUCAAAACUAGAGGACCUUGGCCCAACCCGAGGUUCUCUGUCUUGGUUGAUGGCGGUGUUCGUCGCGCUUCUGAUGCCCUGAAGGCGCUCGCCUUGGGUGCAUCUGCUGUCGGUAUCGGCCGAGGAUUCUUAUACGCCUUCUGUAGCUACGGGGAAGAGGGUGUCGAAAAAGCUUUCCAGAUUCUGAAGGCGAGUUCUCUGUAUACGUUAUCGUUCGCUUCACACUGA